CACGAAUUUUCCUCCACAAAAAAUCAAUCAGCAUUCAAACAUUUGAGUUGAGGUCGUAAAUAUUUUGAUUUUUAAUGUGUAAUUAACCCCAUCAGCUAAUUCUCAAUUGGUCAUUCUGUAUUUAACUAAUUUUAGCUGCAUAAGAAUUCAGGAGAUUCGAGAUGGCCAACAAUCUCUGCCUCCUCUGUCUGCAAGCGUUCGACAACGAUGACGACAACGACACCACGGCAACACAGAAUUCAAUUCAAAUUAAAAUAUUUUGCGAAUUGUUGGCACCACGUCAAUCCAAUAAUCACAAAGAUUUGCAUCCAUACCAAUUUGGAGAGGAUGAGGUGUGCCAAUUUUGCCCAGAUUGUUACCCCCUCGUCGGCACGGUGGAGGAAAUUAGGAAUCAAAUCGCACUCUUGGAGGAACAAAUGGUGGUGAAAAUUAGAGAAAUCCGUGCCACAAUGUUGGAGUCGUCUUCCUCAUCGUUACGAAAUGAGAGAGAAGAACAACUCGUCGAAAUUCGCGACAAGAUUAUUCGUGUGACUGGCGACAGUGAUGAAGAGGAUGAGGAUUUGAAGGACGACGUAAAAGAUGAAUUUGAAAAAGAGGAUGAAGUCAAAGAGGAAUUUGAAGAGGAGGACGAAAUCAAGGAAGAAUUUGAAGAGUUUGAGGAGGAGGACGAAAUUAAGGAGGAAUUUGAGGACGAGGACGAAAUCAAGGAGGAAGUCGAUGAGUCUGAGGAGGAAGAGGAUAGUGUCGAUCCUCUCGGCGAUCUUGACGACUACCAAGACGACAACAUUAGUGAUCAAGAGACUGAUCCCUUAAGGGACGUUGACGAAGAGGACGACUCCCCAAUCAUUCCUUGUCCCCAAGAGAGGCCGAGGGCGACGUCUUCUAAAUUAACCUUGAAUAAUUCACCACCACGGCCAAGUAUCCUUAGUAGAACUAAACGGAAACGAAAAGCAUCUCCACCACCCGAAAAACAAGGACGACGUAAACAAAAUUUGACACAGAUUGUACUUGUACAACAGUCCUAUCCACUUCCUAUCCCACAUCGGCCACCCCCAGCAAAAAAUAGCCGCACCACGAAACCAGCCCCUCGUAAAAGCCGGAAAAGCCCUGUCAUUUCCAACGUCCACCUCGACGACCACAUUUAUUGGGGGAAAGCAAUUGAUAAUAAUCCCCCCAAAACCUUCAACUGCCCCUCUUGCAAGGAACGUUUCAUCUCAGAAAUAGCCUUGCAUGCCCACAUCUAUCAAUACCACGACGGCAUUGUCGCCUGCCGCGCGCCCUCGUGCAACGCCAAGUUUCGCACGAUCGUCGAUAUGGAGGCGCAUUGGAAGCUGGCCCAUUCAGUCACUUCUGCCCAAAAACUCCAAGGCCCCUUUGAAUGCAGACUUUGCGGCAGGAAAUUCCGAAAAACCAGACUUGCUAUACACAUGUUCGUUCAACACGAGGAUGGCGAAAAAAAGUAUUCCUGCGGCAAGUGCCCCAAGAAGUUCUGCCUUAUCGAGAACUUCCACAGACACGUAAACCUGCACAGGUUCGACGCGACCAAACCGUUCGUUUGCGAUUUGUGCGACCUACGAUUUUAUGACGCCGCCAGCCUCGAGCAACAUGGGACGACGCACACCAGGAAAGUUAAAAGGUUCAAGUGUGACCAGUGUGGAAAGACGUUGGCGAAUAGGCAAACUCUUGAUAGGCAUAUUCGCUCACACACGCGCGAAAAAACGGAAAAAUGCCCCCACUGCGAGGAAACCUUUUUCGACAAGAUUACCAUGAAGCGUCACAUCGCGGUCAACCACUCCACCACGGGGCGGUUGUAUUCGUGCCACCUUUGUGCGAAAGCAUUUUAUCUUCCUACAGAUGUCAAGUAUCACAUUGAGCGACGGCACGAGGGAAAGCGUCAAUGCAAAUGUGACAUGUGCGACGAAACGUUCCAGCAAAUUAGCUCAUUGCAAUCGCAUAAGAUCAAAGUGCACGGACAAGAUCGCUACCCUUGUGAUGAAUGUUCUGCAACAUUUAGUUCAGAGUCUGGGGUACGUCACCAUAAGAAGAUCCACCGAGGGAUAAAAGAUCACAUCUGUCAGACUGGAUUAUCUUAAUUUAAAAGACUCUCCGCCAUCCUAUGUCAUAUUAAUCAAUUAAUUGACUGCAGUUGUAAAAUAAAUUCCCAGCAUAGAGAAAUAAUUAAAAACGUGUUGAUUUUGACCAUUUUGGUGAUGGGUCAUAGAGUCCGACAUUAUGAUAUUAUGAAAUUCAAAACUUAAACAAAAAUUAAAGUUGUACAUUAUAUGUAGGAAUUUGCAAAGUUUAUUAAACUUGGCACGAAUUUAGCACAUAUGUAUAUUUUUUCUAAGGCGAGACCCAAACGUAACCAUGCACCCAAAAAAAAUACGUACAUGGUUACGGCGAAGCCAUAGUAUGCAGUUAAGUGGACACCUCAAAACAGUCAAACAAGAUUGUGAGAGAACCAUAAGUCGUAGAGACAUGCGGUUUCGACCAAUGGGUAGUAAAUUCUUUCUAGUAUUGUUUAUAGAUCUCUGGGCUUAAUCGGUUCACACCUUCAUGGUGUAUUUCUCGUUUUAGUGAUUUUUUUUCUGUAUCUCAAAAUAUUCCGCUGAAAGUGAAAAAUCGGCAAAGGGGAAUCGAAAGGGCUUAAAAAAUUAUUAAGAUUAUUCUUUAGGGUCAUGAAAAUUGGAUGCAAAAUGACGAAGUUAUGGAGGUUUGAAAUUUUUAAAAUUCAGUUACAUCCAUAGCAACUAUAGUAAAGAAAUUCUUUAUAUGUAUGUAUGUGUAAAUGAUGGCCCGAGCCAGGGCUUAUAUAAUCGUCAGGUCCGUCUGUCUGUAAAUUUGUAAUGGCUCGUAAUGGAACAAUAUGAAUUAAGGAAAAUCGGAAACAUAUUCAUCUGGAGGGACCCGAAAGGAUUUAUUUUAAUCGUCGUAUCAAACCGCAAUUUGUUACGUAUGCUGCCAAUUGCUACUACUGUUCAUUCAAGAUUAAUAUGCAGUAAAAAGUCUGAAAGGUUAUUUGGCGGAUGAUUGGUUUCCAUUGAUUGAGUUUGUUUAUAUUUUCCAAAUUUCACCUAAUAUUCAUUGAAAAAGUAGACAAAAUGUACCUAAUUAAAUCGUUGUCAAUGUCAACCAGCAACUUCGACCAUUUGACCUUUUACAAAAUUUUGAGGACUUUACUGCAUAUUAAUUUUGAACGAACAGUAAUGCAAGAAUGUGAAUUUAAAUUAGAACCAUUAGUUUUUAUUUACAAGAUAUUGAUAUGCAUUUAUGAAAAAAUUUCGUGCAAAACUUCGGAUUGGGUGAUAAUUGUAACCUUUUUUUGACUCGGGCUAUAUCAAGUCUGCACUGUGGGUUUUUUAAUGACGGAGUUAAAAAAUUAUUCACUUAAAAACGACAAAAUAAAUGAAUUAAAAAAAAAUAAAACUAAGGCGAGAGGCGUUAUUACAAACAAGAAACAAGCCCUCCCACCAACACCCCCGUCUCGCCGUGGCCCCAUUAAUAUUUUUAUAUCUUGGGGGUGUAACCACAAUUUACGAUUCAAACCUUUAACUACCAAUGUAAACUGCAUUUAAAAUUGAUACAUAGUACAAUCUUAUAUUGCACUGCACUUUUAAAACCUAUUACCUGUAGUUCUUACAUUAAUUUCAAUUUAAACAUGCCGUCUAGCAUUAAUCAACAGAGUUCGGAUAAAUAUAUUCUUAAAAACCCCGAAACAUUUAUGUAAAAUGUUUAAUAAAAUCGACAAAUAUGUAUAAAAACAUUUUUUUAAUUAAAGAUUUUUGAUUAAAGAAAAUCUAUAUACCAGAACCAAGAUCCUAAAGUUUCAAGUCAAUCGGUAUUGUUGUUGAAAAAGUUUGAAACAUAUACAUAACCUGACUCUAUUCAUCAACCUUCGUACAAAAAAUGAAAUAUUUACUUCUUAAAACCAACUUUUAAUGUAGGCAAUCAUGUGACUAAAUACAUUCCAAACUUGCAUUCUGAAAUUUCAGAAUUGAACUAGCUGCUCUGGUAAACGAGUUAAAUAAACAAGAUUUCGUAUUUUGA